GAGAUAUUCACUGUGCUAAUAGCAUGCUCUACGAUAGACACAGCCACACCACUACACAUUGUCUCGGACUCAAAAUACACGAUCACCGCCUUCACCCAGCACUGCAGCCACUGGGAGGAUAUCAGCUGGAUAGAAGUCGCCAACGCCCAUCUAAUACGCUCCGCCCUAUAUCGUCUCCGAGCCCGCUCAACCCCGACUACCUUUGCAUGGGUCAAAGGACACUCCGGCAACACAGGCAAUGAGAGCGCCAACAUGGAGGCAGCAUGUGGAGCCCUCCUUGAUGACGCCAACGAAACACUACUCUGCAUCAAUCUCACAUUCGACGUACAGAGAGCUAAACUACACUCCCUCACCCAGUCUCUCUCAUAUCACAGCCUCCGCAACUUUUGUGGACAUACAAUCCGCCCCACCACCCUUACAUGCCUCUCUGACAUACAGCUAGUCAUAGACGACCGCACAGGCCUUCUACCAACCACUGCAUCUAUCUGGAAAGGUCUACACCCAUGCGACCAUGACAUCGAACACAAACCACGAGACUUCCUCUACAAAGGGCUCCAUAACACCCUACGCAUCAGAUCAUUCUGGACAAAUAUCCCCUGCUAUAUUGACUGA